AUGUUCUGCAGGGCUCGUCUGCCCCUGGCUCGCCUGGCAUACUCUCUUGCAGCCCGGAGGCCGAACGCUCCUUACUAUGCUACUCGUGGAGCCAAAAUCAAGAGUACUAUCAAAUUUCAGGAACUACCCCAGGGUCCUCUCGCUCCUGCUCCGCUGCCUGCCAUCGAAGAACACCCGGACGAUCAAGUUCAAGCCUAUCCGCGUGUUAUACAACAACAUCUGAACAAUGUUAGCAAAUUCAGCGAUUGUGUUGUACUUACUCGUAUAGGCAACUUUUACGAGCUGUAUGGCGAGCAGGCCGAUCAAUAUGGCCCUCUCCUCAAUCUCAAGGUAGCACAGAGGAAAACUGCCCUUGGUCCAAUAGCUAUGGCAGGCUUCCAAUACACUCAAUUGGAUCGCUUCCUAAAAUCUCUUGUUCAAGGGUUGAACAAGCAUGUUGCCAUCAGCGAGGAGGUUCGAAAUUCUGCCGCUGACCAGAUCAAAAACGGCGGUCUCCUCUACAAUCGAAAAGUGUCCCGUAUUGUUACCGCCGGCACCUUGGUUGAUGAAACCUUCAUGGACCCUUUCGAAAACAAUUUUCUGCUAAGCAUCCAUGCCAAUCUCGACACAACAGACAUUGUAUCUAUAUCGCAAGAUACAGACGUGGGCCUCACAUGGGUAGACCUCUCAAGUGGUGAUUUCUUCACACAGCGCACCGAGAUAGCCUCUCUUGGCUCCGUCAUUGCUCGCAUAGGAGCCCGUGAGAUUGUCCUCGAUUCUAGCUUUGAACGAGUUGACCGAACUCAGCUAGAUCGACUAUUGGGUGAUGGUGGACAUGCUGUGACAUUUCACAGUGCAGACCCUAAUUUUGUCUCCAUUGAACAUUGGGCUCCUAUGUUAGAAAAGCCUGUUUCAAAAGAAGAAUCGCGUUCAUUCUCCACCCAAGAGGUUCUUGCGGGCUCAUUGCUACUAGAUUAUGUCAAAGGCAGGUUACUCGAGCUGAAUGUUUCUUUGAGAUCUCCUAUCCGUCGUAACCAGGGCGAUUACAUGAGCAUCGACAAACAGACCUUGAAAGCUCUGGAGAUCAGAUCCACUCUCCGGGACGGACUCUUCCAAGGCAGUCUGCUACAUGCAAUUCGAAGAACGACGACCAAAAGCGGUGCUAGGUUGUUAAGUCAGAGACUAGUAUCACCAUCCAUGUCGCUUUCAGAGAUCAAUAGUCGCUUGGACUUGGUUUCAGAGCUGCUUGAGCACGAUCAGUUGCGUGAAGAGACCAUGUCUGCGCUACAAAGAACAACGGAUGUUCUGCGGCUGUUGCAAAGGUUCUCCAUCGGUAAAGGGGAUGCCGAUGAUCUCCUUGCUCUUGCCAAAACAAUACGAAUCGUCAACCAGAUUGUCAACAUGAUGAACACACAUCUACCUUCACAGAAGAGCGCUAUAGACAUGCCUCCGUCGUCUUUGCCAUUGAGAGCAUUGGUAGAUCGCCUCGAUCUGAAUGGUCCCUCGAAACUUGCAACUCGCAUCUUGGAGGCAAUCGAUGAGGAAGGUUUAUCCCAACAGCACUUGGCCGAAGAGGCAGAAGCUGUGGGUGUCGCAGAACUCGCAGAACAGAUUGUUGAAGCAGAUGAACCUCAGACCAAAUCAACAAAACGCGGCAAGGCCAGUGCUAAGAAGGCUGCAGUGAUCGUAGAUCUCAAUGCCGGAGAGUUUUGGAUUAUGCGAAGGAGUGCCAGUACAACCUUGAAACAAGGGCAUCAAGAUCUCGACGACAUCAUGCAAGAAAAGGCACAGCUUAUCGAACGUUUGCGAGCAGAAAUAGGCAACACAUUAACCCUGAAGUGGACUCCCCAGCUAGGACAUUUCUGUCACGUCAAAGGCAAAGAUGUUCGAGCAGAGAUUCCGGAUGCAAGAAACGUCAGCUCCACCAAGAAUACUAGAGCAUUUUACCUUCCAGAUUGGUCACACUUGGGAUCACGAUUGGAAGACGCAAAGUUACGUAUCCGCACCGAGGAGCAAAGAGUUCUCAACAAUCUUCGCAAGCGGCACNNAACACACAAGAUCGUCGGUGGUCGCCAUCCUAUGGUAGAUAUAGGUUUGCAAGAGCAAGGUCGCCUGUUUACUGCCAACGACUGCAACGUGGGCGGAGAAGAGAGCAUCUUGCUAAUCACAGGGUAUGUUUCGUUCGUACUAGCAUUGACCAGCAUACUAACUCGUAUCACAGGNCCUAACAUGGCAGGAAAAAGUACUUACCUCAGGCAGAACGCCUUGAUCACCAUUCUGGCACAGACUGGUUGCUUUGUUCCUGCAGACUUUGCAAAGAUAGGACUUGUGGAUAAGAUAUUCAGCAGGGUGAGCCUGCAGAAAGUGUAUAUAUGUAUUAUCAGAAAUGAUGCUGACAAGUUCUCANNGGUGGGCUCUGCGGACAACCUGUAUAACCAUCAGUCGACCUUCAUGGUGGAGAUGCUCGAGGUGGCUGACAUUCUCAAUCAAGCCACUUCGCACUCAUUCAUCAUCAUGGAUGAAGUCGGUAGAGGAACCACUCCAGAAGAUGGUGUUGCUGUCGGAUACGCCUGUCUACAUCAUCUGCACAAAACAACCCAAUGCCGCACAUUGUUCGCAACGCACUUCCACUCUCUAGUCGACAUGACAAAGAGUUUCGAUCGCCUGGCUUGUUACUGUACAGAUGUUGCAGAAGAAGAGGAUGGCUCAUGGGUCUACGUACAUAAACUUCGAGAAGGUGUUAACAGAAGCUCGCAUGCGCUUAAAGUUGCAAAGCUUGCUGGUCUGCCGGACACGGCAAUCGCUGUGGCCAAGAGCGUUCUGGAUGACUUUGAGCGGGAGAGAGAAAGUGUGUCGUAA